AUGACUGAAGCGGGGAAAGAAUUCAACGAGCUUUCAGCAGAUACACAAGAUGCAUCAAAUACGCCACAGGAGAGAAGAGAGAAGGUGUUCCAUUUCUUUUCCGAAUUGCAUGAAGACAUAGCAAAUCACAUUCUCCUGUUCAUCGCAGACGCUCCUUUAGAACAAUCUACAGAACGUGGGAACAAGAAUGCCUUGAGUUCUCUCACGCAUAUCGUACCUCUAGUAAACAAGACCUUCCAGGAUAUGUCGUCCACCGAUUUUUUCUGGAAGGAAAGCCUACUGCGACAAUUGAAUCGUGAUGAUAGUCAACGAUAUCAUUGGCAAUCUGGCCUUCGCCAGCUUCUCCCCAAAGGAACUGAGCUUAGUUUGGAGGCCGACAAGCUGGACACAGUACUGCAAGAAACAAAGGAGAAGUGCUAUAAGGAUCUUUACCGAAGGAUAAUGACAACAUAUAUUCAAGGGCAAUACCCUAUUUUUAUAAUGCCGUGUCAGCUACGACUGGGGGAAGCAUACGGAUUGCACCUUUUUGAACCACGUUAUAGAAUAAUGGUGAGGGAUAUCUUGGAAUCUUCCGGCAACUACAAUGCAGCUACGGAGCAAGCAGGGGCUGAUCUUUCGUCGGAAGAAGACGGCCGCAAGCCUCCAUUACUAAUUCAUGCGUGUCUAGGCGGCAGACUCAGUCCUGGUGAAUAUGCAUGCUUGGUGCAGCUGGUUCAUUGUACUCUUUACGAUUAUGGGACAGCAGAUGUUAUGUUAUUGCCCAUUUCCUGGGUUCGGAUGGACAAGUUGUGGGUCCGCCCUUCAAGUGGGGACUUGUUCUAUGCCAAAGCCACAAGAGUAUGA